UCUGAAGUUGAACCACAUAUUGGAGCUAUUGAAUAUGCAACUACUGUCUCAAAUGAAGAACAUUUGAACUUGCUCAGCCUUUUUGAACCUGGUAAAUUCCUGACACUAUGAUUAAUAAGUUCCACAAUCAUUUCAAUAUGAUUAUAUAUACAACUGCUCUGCCUUUUUUGUAAACCAAUUUUAAUGUUGUUACUUCUAAAUUCUAUUAGGUGCAUCAUCAAGUGGACACUGCUGGAAGCACAAAUAUGCUACCCGAAGGGCUUAUAAAAAGCCAAAUGAGAUCAUUGAAGCUAAUGUUGACCAACUGUCAAGUCCAACUGAUGAUAAUGACUUGGAAUGGGGAAAAGGGAGGCUUGAGAGUUCAACAGAUGAUAACAACUCUAAUUUUACAAAAGAAUGUGAUGAAUUUGAGACAGAGUCUUAUUAUGGGGGCUUCUAUGAUAGUGAUGAGGAUGGUCACAUUGGUUGCAAGAGAGUACGCAUAUCGAAAAUGGUUGUUGAUCCAAACUCAAAAAUUCCUAUAUCAGAAUUUAGAGACAUUUACCAGAAUGGAUAGAUAGUGCUUCAGUUGUGGAAAACAUUUAGAGACCACAAGCACUUUGGGCAAGUGUUGAAAGAUUAUGCUAUACAGGAAGGUUUUGAGUUGUGUAAAGUGAAGAAUGCUAGAAGCAGAGUCACAACAUUUUGUCGAGCAGAAGGAUGCACUUGGAGGAUACAUGCUUCUUUAUCUCCUGAUGGAAGACAUUUUAUCAUCAAAUCAUUGAAUCAAGAGCACAAAUGUCAAUGUGUAGUGAAGAAUAGGACAGUAACCGCUAGCUGGAUUGCACAUAAGCUUCAUAAUAGUUUUGCUAGAACUCCUGAUCUGAGUUUGCAAAAAAUGAGGGAUAAGUUGAAAGACAACUUUGGCAUCGAGGCAACUAACAGACAGUUAUAGAAAGCGAGACGGAAGGCAAGAGGAGAUGUUGGUGGUGGUUAUGUACACUCCUAUGCAAUUUUAAGGAGAUAUGCUGUUAUGAUUCAUCGCACUAACCCUGGGAGUAUUGCUAUUGUACAAAGUCAACUUGUGCCUGUCAAUAUAGAUGAUGGUGAGAUUGUAAAAGCCCCAAGAAUGCAGCCACAAUUCAAGAGAAUUUUCAUCUGCUAUGAAGGGGUCAAAAAUGGCUUCUUAGCCGGAUGUAGACCAUUUUUUGGAUUAGAUGGAUGUCAUCUAAAAGGGCCAUACAAAGGCAUUUUUUUGGUUGUUGUGGGGGUUGAUGCAAACCUCCACUUCUACCCCCUUGCUUAUGCAAUUGUUGAAGCUAAAAACACAGAUAGUUGGAGUUGGUUUUUGGAGUUACUGAGGGGAGAAAUAAGGGACACUGCCAGUGGCCAGCCAUGGUGCAUCAUGAGUGAUAGACAAAAGGGACUAAUUGAGGCUGUGGCUGCUAUACCAGAGGCAGAACACCGAUAUUGUUGUUUUCACAUUGAGAACAACAUGAUAAAAAAGUUUGGAACAUCAACUAAGGGGUUUGUUUUGGGAAGCAGCUGA